AAAUUAGUUACUCCCACCUUGCAUCUUGGUGUGUUUAUGUCCAGCUCCAGUCUCCAGUAUUCUUGUUGAAGGGGGUUGUGCUCCCACCGUUCAUAUCCAUUUGCCAUACAUUUCCAACCAACUGCCAUGUCUACCCUCUUGGUGAUCGAUUCAGCUAUGGCUGGUCUGGUGAUCGGUCGCGGGGGCGCUAUGAUCAAGAGCAUCCAACAGGAUAGUGGUGCGAUGGUAAAACUAACCAACGGUGACACAGCAGAUACACGAAAUGUUAAGAUAAUUGGCAGUGAAGACGCGCAGCGUUUGGCCAGURACAUGAUCGAAAAGAUCGUAGGUAAACUGUUACGAUCCGAAACGAUUUCCACUCCACCGCCACCUCCCAGGCGAAAAACACGUGGUGGCGGUGCGGGGAGACCACGAUUGAUGAAGCGUUCGGUGUCACCGGAAGAGACGAUCAAUUUCAGUGAUGAUGUUUGGGAGGAAGUCCUUCGGGAGAACAGGGAAAGGGAGCUCAAGUUGUUAGAGUCGUUGCCGCCAAUUAUCAAGGAUAUCUAUGAGGAACAUAGUCAAGUAAAGGCCAUGUCCGAUGAGGAUGUCCAAUCAUUCAGAACUGCYCAAAACAAUAUUACCGUUCAGUAUGUGGAUGGAGCUGAAUGUAUCCGAACGAUACCGAAGCCAGUAAAAACAUUUGAGCAUGCUUUUAGCCCAUAUCCUGAAAUCAUGGAGGUGAUUAAAAAGCAGAAAUUUACCACACCCUCACCUAUACAGUGUCAAGCAUGGCCGAUAAUUAUGAGUGGACAUGACUUAAUAGCUAUUGCUCAAACAGGUACGGGCAAGACAUUAGCAUACAUACUGCCAGCUUUAAUUCAUUUGCUUCAACAGCCUACUCCACGCAAUAAACGGAUUGGACCAUCUGUGCUUAUAUUAGGACCAACGAGAGAGCUUGUGUUACAAAUUCACGAUGAAAUAACAAAAUAUUUGUACAACAAUAUCAAAGUUGUAUGUGUAUAUGGUGGUGGUGUAUCAGCACAAACUCAUCAUCAACUUAUACAAGCUGAGAAACCAGAUAUUAUUGUGGCUACUCCAGGAAGACUUAAUGAUUUGGUUGGUAUACAAGCCGUUAAACUUGAACACGUGUCUUAUAUAGUCCUCGAUGAAGCUGACCGUAUGUUAGACAUGGGUUUCAAGAAUCAAAUAGAAUUGUCUCUAAGACAUAUACGCCCGGAUAAGCAAACGAUUUUGACUAGCGCCACAUGGCCAACAGCUGUCAAAAAUUUGGCCAAUUACUUUGCAAAAAAUCCUCUACAUAUUACAGUUGGUUCUCUUGAUUUAUCUACUGUAGACACCGUUACUCAAAAAAUUAUAAUACUUAAAGAACAUCAAAAAGAAGGUUGGUUGGAUGACUUCAUUACCAAUAACCUCUCCAAGAAUGAAAAAGUCAUAAUAUUUAUGCGCAAAAAAACAUCGGUCGAUAAAAUGUAUGAAAAUUUCAUUCGUAAUAAUAUUAGAUGCAGAUGUAUACAUGGCGGAAGAGUACAAGCCGACCGAGAAGCAUCACUAGCCGAUAUACGUAAUGGUGUUGUAUCCAUACUUAUUGCUACAGAUGUGGCAUCUAGAGGAAUAGAUAUUCAUGAUAUCAGUUUAGUUAUUAACUAUGAUUUUCCAUUGAAUAUUGAAGAGUAUGUUCAUAGAGUUGGUAGGACUGGCAGGGCAGGAAAAAAAGGUUCAGCUAUUACUUUGUUUUCUAAACAUGAUAAAUUCAAUGCUUCUCCCCUUAUUAGUGUCUUAGAAAAAUCUAAACAACCUAUUCCACCAGAAUUAUAUGAAAUGACUACUCACUAAAUAUUAAUUUUAUGUUGAAAUUAUUAUGUAUAAUUAUUAUUUUAUGUUUCAAUAAUGAAAUAUAUU